AUGGCUGGCCAUCUACAAGAGCUCAACCCGGUGUCCAACGCCGUAUCAAAGGACGAUCUCGUGAUACCGCUCAUCGAUUUCGGCCCCUUCUCCACUGGAACCCCAUCCGACAAACACGCAGUCGCCUUAUCCAUCACUAACGCUUUCAAGUCCUCCGGGUUCAUCUACCUGAAAGAUCAUGGUAUCCCUCCGUCGGUAGUCUCACGAGUCUUUGCUUCAUCAGCAACCUUCUUUCGCCGACCCCAAAGCCAAAAGGACGCCUUGGGAUGGACGACUCCACAGUCCAAUCGCGGAUACGUUGCCAUUGGACGCGAGAAGCUCGCAACGGUGGAGGAGACCGGCCAGAUGGAGACACUGCGGGGCGCCGCCCCGGACAUCAAAGAGACGAUGGAGAUCGGUCGCGAGGGAGUCGACGGACUACCGAAUCAAUGGCCCGAUCAUCUGGACGAGGAAGGCAAAGAGUUCAAGAAGACCAUGUUGUCCUUUUUUGAUAUGUGUAAGGAGUUGCACAAACAGGUCAUGUGUGCGAUCGCCCUGGGCAUGAGUCUCCCUGAACACUUUUUCGACGAGUUUGUUGACGAGGGCGAUAAUAAUCUGCGGCUUCUGCAUUAUCCCCCAGUCCGCAAGGAUGUCUUCAAACAGAAUCCCCACCAAGUUCGCGCCGGGGAGCAUAGCGAUUACGGAUCGAUUACAUUGCUGUUCCAGGAUCGCCAUGGUGGACUUCAGGUGCGGAGCCCUAAAGGGACGUUUGUGGAUGCGACGCCAAUCCCUGACACGAUCGUUGUCAAUGCGGGGGACCUGUUGGCCCGCUGGUCGAACGAUACCAUCAAGAGCACUCGUCAUCGUGUGAUUGAGCCGCCCAAGCCAGCGGCUCUGGAUGAGCAAGAUUCGUCAGAAACGUAUCCCUCGCGAUACAGCAUCGCUUACUUUUGCAAUCCCAAUAACAACAAGCUGAUCGAGGCAUUACCCGGCACCUACGGCGAAGAUAUAAAUGAGUCCAAGAAAUACGCCGGCAUCACGGCCGGAGACUACCUCGUGCAGCGACUCACCGCUACAUAUUGA